GACUUGUGACGGUGAUUGGUACGGCUCUUUGAUGAGCCAGAGCGCGGCGCGGCUUUGACAUCCCGCCGAUGUAGGACAGGACAUCACAGCGCUGAAGCCCCCAGUGAUCGUUAAACCCAAGGGAUUCACGAGUUCAGUCACCUGGGUUGCGGCUGGAUUUGAAGACUCUGGAGUUCGAACAAACUGAAGUCAGCAGGCGAAGGCAGCCGGCUGUUGCCAUGGAAUCAGACGCCAGUCACAUGUUAGAGGCAGCCUUGGAGCAGAUGGAUGACAUCAUCGCUGGCUCCAAGGCGGCAGCAGAGUACUCUAACGGGCUGCUGGAUCUGGGCUCCCCGUCCUCGUGCAUCUCGGCGGGGCCCCUGCAGGUGCUGCAGCUGGCCGAGGAGCUGCGCCUGGCCCUGGAGCUGCAGGCCAGCCAGGAGGACAGGGCCAGCCUCCGGGCCCAGGUCUCCAGCACCACCGCCCACACGCUCCUGCUGUGGCUGGACAACGGAGAGGUUAACCUGCGGUCGCCAGGCAACAAUGAGACCUAUCAGGAACGAUUGGUUCGUCUAGAGGGGGACAAGGAGUCUCUGGUACUUCAGGUGAGCGUGCUGACAGACCAGGUGGAGGCUCAGGGAGAGAAGAUCAGAGACCUGGAGACGUCUCUGGAGGAGCAUCACCACAAGCUGCUCUCUACUGAGGAGAUGCUGCAACAGGAGCUUCUGAGCAGAACGUCGUUGGAGAGCCAGAAGUUGGACCUGAUGGACGAGGUGUCCUACCUGAAGCUGCAGCUGGUGAACGACGAGCAGAACCACCAGCCUGCCUGCGACGUCAGCCACAACAAGGCAGAGUGUGUAGUCAACCUGAUUAGUGACCUCCAGGAGGAGAUGUGUAGGUUUCAGGAGGAGAUCAACACUCGCAUCCAGGAGAAGCGAGCCCUCGAGGAGGCUCAGGGGGAGAUGGCGGCCCGCCAGGCCCACGACCAGAGCCCCGACGUGGGCUUGGGGGGCUCGGACACGGGCCUGGGGGCCUGGGACCUGGACGACUGCUGCCGCUGUGGAGGAGAGCAUGGCUUGCUGCAGGAGCUCCGGCAGCUGAAGAGCAAAGUGGACGAGCUGGAGGGAGAGAAGACCCAGUACGAGAGGAAACUGAAGGCGACCAAGCUGUCUAUCUCCUACUCUCUCCACGUGUGCUACCAGUCUCUCAUGACCAAGCUGUCCAGCCUGAAGCUGACAGUGGAGCACACACAGGUAGAGAAGCAGCACUGGGAGGAACGAUGGCGGGCCGCACAGGCAGAAAUAUCCGACCUGCAGCAGCUCCUGGCCUCCAAGGACACUGAGAUUCAGAGUUUACAGAGCCAGCUGCUGAGCAGGCCCUCGUCCAGCCACGACACCUCAGACAAAGAGGAGAUGUACAGACAGCUGCUUGACAAAUACCAAGAAUUCCAUAGGUUGAAAAUGGGGAUGGAAUCUUUGUUAGCAUCCAAUGAAGAGAAGGACCGCCACAUAGAGGAGCUGACCGUGCUACUAGGCCAGUACAGGAAGAUGAAGGAGGUUCUGGCUCUGACCCAGGGGGGAGAGAGGACCCUGGCCCUGACCCAGGGGGGAGAGAGGACCCUGGCCCUGACCCAGGGCGGAGAGAGGGCCCUGGCCCUGACCCAGGGGGGAGAGAGGACCCUGGCCCUGACCCAGGGGGGAGAGAGGACCCUGGCCCUGACCCAGGGGGGAGAGAGGACCCUGGCCCUGACCCAGGGCGGAGAGAGGGCCCUGGCCCUGACCCAAGGCGGAGAGAGGGCCCUGGCCCUGACCCAGGCGGAGGAGAGGAUGCUGUCUGGCAGCAGCGAGGAGGAACUGAGCAGGAGCCUCGUGCUGCGGGUGCUCACACACAAGGCCCACUGUGACGUCAUCAGGACAGAGAUGUCCUCCCAAGGUUCGUCUCCUCUCUUCGUGUCUCCGCCCUCCUUCCAGAGAGAGCUGGAUUCCAGCUGUCGAAGUUUCCAGACCUCCAUGGAGAUGUCCCUGGUUUCCCCUGGAGAUGGAGGCUACCACAGCACAGCCUGGUCACGGCCACGGAUGCUGUCCAGCAGCUUAGAGGAGCUACAAAGCGGCUCGUUACCAAAGCAUGAAGCUGAACCGGUCCAUCUCGUACCCGACUCUGAGAAUCUCCCCCAGGAGAUGAACAAGUACCAGACUCUCCCAGGGAAGCUGUCGCGACGGGAGGUGAACGGCCAGAGGGAGAAGUACUCGCCCGUCCAGCUUUCUCCUGUGGAGAGCGACGACAAUGACUACAACCUGAGGAGGCCAGAGGGUCUGGGCGAGGCGCUGCUGUCCGACCUGUCCCCUCUGUCUUCGGGGAUGGACUCUGGACAGCACUCCCCCGUCUCCCCGGAGAACAGGAAGAGCACUAGGGGCAUCAGGAAGCUGUGGGGGAAGAUCCGCCGUAGCCAAUCAGGAAGCAUGCCGGGGGAGGCGCCAGACAUGGGGGAGUUCCGAAGGGGCGGGUUCAGAGCCACAGCUGGCCCCAGAUUGGCCCGGGCCAAAGAUGCGCUCUCUUUGCUGAGAGACCAGAAGACGCCCUUCUCUAGAUGGACAACUGACCAGGUGUGUGAUUGGCUGUCAGAGUCUGGGCUUGGCCAAUACGUGCAGCUGGCUCGCCACUGGGUCACCAGCGGACAGACCCUCCUCUCCGCCACUCCUCAGGACCUGGAGAAGGAGUUGGGCAUCAAGAACCCUCUCCACAGGAAGAAGGUGCAGCUGGCUGUCAAGUCUCUGAGCACCAGACAGGCUGAGAAGUCGUCCGAGUUGGACCACGUCUGGGUCACGCGCUGGCUGGAUGACAUCGGCCUGCCCCAGUACAAGGACCAGUUCCACGAGAGCCGUGUGGAUGGCAGGGUGCUGCAGUACCUCACCGUGAAUGACCUGCUGUUCCUGAAAGUCACCAGCCAGCUCCACCACCUCAGCAUCAAGUGUGCCAUCCACGUCCUCCACGUCAACAAGUUCGACCCCCACUGCCUCAAGCGCAGACCGGGGGACGAGAACAAGACGUCCCCGUCGGAGGUGGUGCAGUGGUCCAACCACAGGGUGAUGGAGUGGCUGAGGUCUGUGGACCUGGCGGAGUACGCCCCCAACCUGAGGGGCAGCGGCGUGCACGGGGGGCUCAUUAUCUUGGAGCCUCGCUUCAACUCGGACACGCUGGCCAUGCUGCUGAACAUCCCGCCCCAGAAGACCCUGCUGAGGAGGCACCUGGGCACCAACUUCAGCUCCCUGGUGGGCUCCUCCGCCCAGCUGGAGAAGAGGGACUACCUGGAGGCCACGGGACACAGCCCCCUCAGCACCACGGCCAAGGUCAAGCCUAAGAAGUUGGGGUUCUCGACAUUGAGGCGGCGGAAGGCGGACGACUCCACCGAUUACAUCUGCCCUCUGGAGAGCCAGGCCCAGGCCAACGGCUCCCAGCGGCCCUACGCAGGCUUCCGGGGCCUCAGCCCCAUCCUGGACCGUGACCCGGACAGGCGGGAGCAGGUGGUGAUCACAGAGGGUACAGUGCUGCAGAUAGAAGCUCUGUCUGAUGGCAUCAACAACCUCACCUACCUGCUGAGCCGAGACCAGGUGGUGAAGGAGCGGAGACGCACCCAGACAGCGCUGGUCUGAGGCCGCGGCUCACCCACUAACCUGCCAGCCAAUCACAGAGAAGGAACCCGUCACAGCCUCACACCCCCAGCCCCCUAACUCCUGGAGCCGUCGUGACCAGCGGAACUGACCACUUUCCUGACCUCACCUCCCAAUGCCUUUACCCCCCAAUGCUUUGCCCUCACAAUGCCCUCACUAUGCCCUCACUUCACUGCCCUCACCUCACAGCCCUCACCUCACAAUGCCCUUAUCACAACAUGCCCUGUACCUUGUGUCUAUGUAGCCACGGGUGAGGUCUGCCUCUCACAGUGGAUAAAGCCUCUUUGAUAAUGAGGCUUUAUCCACUGUGUGGAUGAGCCAGGACACACUGAGUAGUUUAAGGGGCCUAAAAACUUAAGUCCCUUAAUAUUUCUAAGGACACAGCCUAUGCAAUUGACCUUGUUGUUCAUGCUGAAUGUUUUGUUUAAGAACAGUUUGUUUUAGAUACUAGGUCAUAUCCCACCUGAUCCCCACCCACCACAACCCCCCCCCCCACACACACACACACACACACACACACACACACACACACAGCUCAAGGCACAAGUCAAACAAAGGCCCUAAUUCCGCCUGCGUUCAGACCAAAACAGGUUCAAAAACAGGUUCUCUUUAAACGUCUCUGGAAAUGUCACUACCAUAGGCAGGUGAGGUCUGUCGCUUGACAACUCCUGUUUCUAUGGAACACAUCACCCUUGGUGCUGUGAGUUCAUGCAAGCUUCUAUAGGAUUCUUCCUCCCCAGUCCAACAUAAACAGUCCAGCAUCAGUUCAUCCAGAGCCCAGGGCUCCUGCGUGACUAACCAGGGUCAGUGACCUCCUGGAGGAUGGUGCACCUGCCCAGGUGAGCCUUCCAGCCCACAUGUGUGUAUCUCCUCAGGGGGGCAGAGAGGAGGGCAGGCCUGGAGCUCACACAGCAGAUAGUACCAGAGGAAGAGUCAUACUGUGUAUAAGGGAGACGACUCUAUAGAACUGUGGGGAUUCUGGAUCAACAACAAACUGCACAGGAACACUCAUCGGUUGCCUGCUGCUCACUGGCCGGGUCUUCUGUCUGGACUAACUGACCUGUAGCGUCGGUCAGCAGCUUGUUAUCACGUUCUUAGCAUGUUCGUCAUGAGCUACUGCCUGUCAUUUCCUUGACAUUAGCCAGUGAUUUUGGCUAUGUAACUCUUAAAGAUAACAUCUGAAGCUUUUCGGUGCUAGCUAGGAUAUUAUGGCAUAUUGCUUGUGAUGAAACUAACAUAUUACACACACAUCUGUUUACUAUUCGGUACAUCUUUCCACAAAUGUGUAUAUUUUGUAAGAAGGAAUAAAGGUGUGUUGUUGUUCUGCAA